ACUAAAGUGUCAUUUGUCAGCUGAAGCAAAAAUGAAAGUAACGUGAAACUUAACCAAUACCACAAUUUACUUGAAAUAAUGUUAUUAUUACCUCUCAUAUAGCAAAUAUAAUGAACUUGUAAUUUAUUUUUCCUUAUUUGAAGUAGUUUUUGCCGCAAUGGACUCUGAUGAGUUGCGCAAUAUUGAGUUCAUUGAUUUAAAUGGAGUCGAUGAAAAAGAACAGCUUCACAUAAGAAACUCCUUGCAGCAGUAUGAUCCCAGUGUACAACUACCAUGGGUGAAAGAGAAAAAGUCGUUUGCAGAAGGAAAAUGCCAGCAAAAGAAUAAGGAACCUGACCUAAGCAACAUCCAACAACCAGUAAUACCAAGUUCUGCACAUCAUGAACAUCACAAUCCAUACAUCCAACAUCCAAUAAUCCCUCAAUCAGUAUACUGCAAUCAUCUGCAACCUUCAGUUGUAGUUCAGCCAAUAAUUACUAUUCCUCAUCCACCUAACAUAGUAUAUUAUGCCACUAAUGCCAUGUCACCAGUGUCUCCUCCUUAUCCACAAGUUUUUAUAUCCCAUAGAACCUAUUCUCCACCAACCACAUAUGCACUUCCAGUCCAUGUUCCAGAGGGAGCUGUUAAUGAGAUGGUACCAAAACAGAAUGGGGUUACUGAAGACAAAGAAAUACAUGAAAAUGGUGCCACAGCCAAAGCACCUGAAGUGACUCCCAAGACACCUGUGGUAGUUAAUGGCAUUGACAACGUAGAAACUCCUAGUCCAGCACCUGCCAACAAAUCAUGGGCUAGUUUGUUUAGUUCAAGUAAACCGAAUACCUCUCCCACCACUGCAAAGGAAACUAAAGAGAAGAAUAAUUCUGAACAGGCUGUGAACAAGGAAUCCAACAACAAUACCCAAUUGUGUCCCAUUAAACAUCCUAGAAAGUCACAUCAAUUUGUUGAUCCAGAUUGUUAUAGGAUGGGAGAAUAUUUACUGUCCUAUGUCAUCGAUGGCAAAGCACUCAGUUUACAACCAAGAGGUUUGUUAAACCAAAGUAACUAUUGCUACAUCAAUUCGAUACUACAAGCUCUGAUUGCAUGCCCGCCGUUGUACAAUUUACUCAUAGGACUUGCACAAAACAUCUCGUCUAAUGAGAAAAGGAAGCCCACGCCAGUCAUCGACGGAAUGUGUCGUUUCGUCAAAGAAUUCAAGCAUCUACCUGCAAACUUGAGAGUCAAAGACAACAAAAAGGCUGAUAAGAACGCGAAAAAGGACCUGAACGUCAUGAUAAACACUGAUAUACCAUUUGAGCCCACUUGGAUAUACAAAAUGUUGAAUGCGAUUCGAACUGAUCUCAUCGAAGGCAGGCAAGAGGAUGCGGAAGAGUUCCUAGGAUUCUUGUUGAACGGAUUAAAUGAUGAAAUGCUAGAGUUGAUCAAACUCGUUAAAAGUGACUUUGAUGAACCGCUAGAAGCUCCAACACAAAUUGAGGAUGAUGCUGAUAAAGAAUGGAAGGUAAUGGGACCAAAGAAUAAAGGCAGCAUAACACGAAGAACUGACUUUGACAGAACCCCCAUCAGUGACAUUUUCGGGGGAUUAUUGAAGUCUAGGAUUCAAAGAACUGGCGACCUUAAUACUGAAAAUAUUCAACCGUUCCUGACCUUACAGUUGAACAUAGAGAAAGUGAAAACAGUGCGGGAAGCUCUGGAGGUGCUCGUCAAUAGACACCAGCUGGAAGGACUGACUUCGUCCAAAACCAACGAGGAAGUGGAGGCCUGGCAGCAGGUUUUACUAGACGAGCUACCAGUCAUUUUGAUUUUACAUUUGAAAUGUUUCGACUAUAAGCAAGACGGCUGCACAAAGAUUGUUAAGGCUUUGGAGUUCCCCGUCGAUUUGAAAAUCGAUCAGAAAUUACUGGCUUCAAAGAUACAAAUCCAGAAAGAAAAGCACUACAAACUUUUCGCUGUGGUUUACCACGACGGUAAAGAAGCCAGCAAGGGGCACUACGUGACAGACGCCUUCCAUGUUGGCUACAGCUCUUGGUUGCGGUAUGACGACGCCUCAGUGAAGACUGUUCAAGAGGAGCAAGUAUUGAAGCCGCAAGGAACUAGGGUUCCGUAUUUAUUGUUCUAUCGACGUAGUGAUACCAUUAGAGGGAAAUAGUGUGCCAGGUUGUUGACGCCUAUAACGCGAUUUAGGAAUCUUUCGACUCAGAUUAGGAAGGGUAUUAAAAGAGUGAUUGGAGUGAGAUGGAACAAAAAUAGAUGAAUUUUUUAUAGUUUUUACAGUCUUUGGCAUUUAUUUCUAUACACAAAACUAUAAAUGAUAACGUAUAAUACUAACUGAUUUUUCAGUAAUUUGACAGGACAUUAUGACCGUUUUGUUUUUUUUUUCAAUUAUGGGGUACAUAAGAAAAUAUAGACAAAAAACUAUGUUAACAGGAGCAGCAUAUACAGAUCGAACAUGUUAUAAUUAACAGAUCGAACGCGUCUUGAUUUUUUCCAUUUUACUGCAAAAUUAACUUUAACAUGUUUUUAAAUUUGUUGUUAAAGCUAGUUCUUUCUACCUCUCUCUGGCUAAUUGCGGCAGUACGGUAGAAGAAAGUAAAGACUUCCUUCAAACAUCAAUGUAUAGUUUGUCGAUUUCACGGCAGGGUAUGGCAAACAUUUAUUUAUAAAAAUACUUCAUGAGUGGGUAUCAUAUUGAUACCAAGUAAGCAACUUUGGUUUUUUAUUGUUCAUUGUUCAGUAUUUUGGUGUAACUACAGGGUGUUCCAAAAAUUUUUACAAAUAUUGCUUCGGCAAGAUUUUGAAGUAAAAUUUGGAAUCUUUGGCACUGUCUUUACAUAGUUUAGGAAUAUAUGACAAGGAAUCUUUAAAAUGGAGAAGAAAGUGUUGAAGCAUUGAAACUCCGAUUUUAGUUUAACCCAUUCCCUGCCGAUCACGCGCCAACGAGUGAUAUGGUUACUUCAGUCAGGUGCCAUUCCACAAAAUGGCUUCCGAAUUCCAUCAUGUUCGAUAAGCAGCGAAUGUGUUAAAAGCACAAUGCACCAAAAGUGGGACACACUGUAAAGGAAAUAACUAUAUCUAAAAUGUUUCUUCAGUCAUUUACUUCACACUAAAUUCUGACCUUUAAAAAAAUGUUGCCAUUAGUUCAUAUUUUGUGAUGUUUUUCUAGAGUAUUUUUCGAGUCGAAAUAUUGUUAAAAAGCAGUGUAUCGCUCGUGUAAUCGUUCAGUUAUGGAAUCUUAGUGUUUUUGAAGAUGAACUAGAAAUCAGUACAUGUAUAUUUAUUAAAAAUUUGGGAGUAAAACUGGUGAAUCUUUAGUUGAUGUUUUUACGCAGUGUGUUCCCUUCAAUAGACCCUUAUACAGGGUGAGUCACCACUAACGGGACGGAAGAUUACAGCGAAAUGGUAAAAGAUUUGAAAAAAAUUUUAAAUUAAUAGUUUGUAAGUUGAUAAAAGCUACACUUCAAAAUUAUUUUGAAAUAUACAGGGUGUCCCAAUAAAUGGCGGCGUAUUAAAGUUAUAUUUUUUCUUAUGGAACACCCUGUAUUUUAUUGCAUUUUUUAAUUGUCCGCAAAACAUAAGGUAUAGUUUCAUAAAGCUUCCCUAAUACACCUAUGUACAGAGUGUUCUGAGUUAUGUUGACUUUUCUUAAAAUGUAAAGUUUUAAAAGGAAGCUUAUUCUCAAGUUAUUUAAGAAAUUAUAAAAAUAUUACUUUUACAUCUAAAUAGCUGGAUAUUGGUUGAAUGUAUUUCAUGAUUAAUUAUUACACAUUUGUCUACAAGGUGUUCAAAAUUUGCAGUUUCAUUAUUGCAGUAUUCAAUGCGUCAUAUGAUGCUUAUUUUAAAUGGAACAUCAUGUAUAUUAAUAAACAAUUAUACUAAACAAAUGUAUCUCUUUCGAAUGGUAUAUGGAUGUCCUAUAGGGAGGUCUCAUAGUUUUUGCGUAAUUUACAAUUAUUUAAAUUCUUAAUCUGUAAAUCGAUUUUAAAACAAAUGAUGCAGUUAAUUAAUGUCAUUGUAUGACAUUGUCAUUCUAUGACAAUACGGUCUGGUAAUUAUCUUAUAAUUAAUGCAUUCCAUGAUUGAUUAUUACACAUUUAUUUACAGGGUGUUCAAAAUUUACAGUUUCAUUACUGGAUUAUUCAAUGUAGUAUAAUAUGAUGGUUAUUUUAUUAGAACACCAUGUAUAUUAAUCAAUGAUUAUUAUACUAAACACAGGUUCCUCUUUGUUCUUAACAUCACGUCAAAAAUAUGCAGGGGCUCCGUCCAAUUGGAGCCACAUGUUUGUUCGCACGUUAAGUGGAAGGUUUUAAGAGGGAUCCAAAAAACUUGUUUUAAAAAAUUUAAAAAAGUUGCUCCAUUCAGAUUUUCGUCAAAAAAUAUGGGUCGAUAACGUACUCGCUCAGAAUACUGCCCCAAACAUUAACACUUCAUCGGUGUUGGCGAUCAGCAGUAAAAUGUUUGUUUACUGUAUCAUAAUAAAAUGAAAGCUAUGUCUAUUAACUAGACGAUUAUUAUCAAAAGUAGGUAGAUUCGUCUGUACACAAUACAUUCUUAAAAAAAAUCAUGAUCUCCAAAUUCUAAUCUAAAGUCUAUAAACGAAAAGUUAAACGUUCCUGUUCUGUCUAAUGCUGGUGUGGUUGAGUUUUAUACGGAUGAUAGUGGUUUUUCUUAUGUAUUCUACAUACACUCGUUUGACUGAUUUCCAAUUGACCCGAAAUUUUUCUCGUACUAGUAUUUGGGUUUUCCGUAACAGAAAGCAGGACAUCAAGUUAGUUAACGUCAUCAAAAAUAAUUGGUUUAUUUUUAUUUAACUUUUCGUACCUAUGCAACAUUACUAGUAGCACGGAAUCUAUCGAGAAAUCCCUCAAAAAUGACCUUUUUUGGGUGUCUUCUUUUAGGAUACUUUUAAGCGUAAACUUUAGAAGCUAAGAGACAGUUUUAAAAAUAUUCCUGAAUGCAAAGUAGCAUGUCUACUCUUUUAUAGAUAGCGUGAUUAUUCAUUUUUAGGAACAAUUAAAUUUGAAUGUAUGUAAUUGGCUCGGCCAAAGCAAUUUUUAAUAAAAAAAAAAUUGAAUAUUAUAAAAGUGUAAUAAUUAAUCAUGAAAUACAUUCAACCAAUAUCCAACUAUUUAGAUGUAAAAGUAAUGCUUUUAUAAUUUCUUAAAUAACUUGAGAAUAAGCCUUCUUUUAAAACUUUACAUUUUAAGAAAAGUCAACAUAACUCAGAACACUCUGUACAUCGGUAUAGGGAGGCCCUACGAAACUAUACCUUAUUUUUUGCGGACAAUUAAAAAAUGCAAUAAAAUACAGGGCGUUCCAUAAGAAAAAAUAUAACUUUGAUACGCCGCCAUUUAUUGGGACACCCUGUAUAUUUCAAAAUAUUUUUAAAAUGUAGCUUUUAUCAACUUACAAACUACUCAGUUUAAUUUUUUUUUCAAAUCUUAUACAUACCAUUUUGCUGUAAUCUUCCGUCCCGUUAGUGGUGACUCACCCUGUAUAGUCCUAUAUCAGUUCCUGGAAAUUUUCGUUCUUCAUAUGUGAACUCCUUCAUGAGACAUGCUUCUUUUAUCAUAGCUUUAACAAUCUGACAUUUUACUUAUUUUACGAAAGAUAUAAUUCACACGGUGUAAAAUCUUGCGAAGAAGGUUGAUGGUCUAACUUACUUUUUCCAGUACAAACAUUUUCUCGGAUUUGUUUAUGUUCUAUGGCAUACAUUUUAGGUAAAUUUUGUUGAAUAUAAAAAUUACCAGGCGUUUUUCCUAUCUGUCUAUUUCAUCUCAGCACUUUUCUUUGAUUCAAAGCUGAAAUGUCAUUAUGCAAUGGAUAAGAUAACAACUGUUGAUGUACAGGUUGGUGAAGAAUGAGUGAAAUAAACGAACCACCUAUUACCUAUUUAUAUUUUUGAUUUUUGUUUUUUUUUUGACAGUUUUAAUGUUAGUCAUGGUUGUGUUUUGGUGUUUUUCGUCAACCUGUCUACUAGUUAGCUAUUUUAUUUUAUUAAAUUUGAACUUUAUAUAAAGUGAGUUUGUACUUGUAUAUAUGAAUAGAAUGUUAAAAAUACUAAAUGUUAAGAAAAUUUGGAUUAAAAUAAUAAAGUUUUUAUUAUAACAAA